CUGAAAAUCGCGCCUUUUUGUCAUCAUCACUUACAUCCGGUCGUAAAAACAGAUACGUCAUAGUUGUCUAAUAGAUGUGAUCCCAGUGAACCCGUGACGUGGUGCGACGAUCUCCAAUUGCCGUUAAUUAAAACAGGACUGGAAGACUGUAAUGUUAUUUUUAUUGCGGUUCAUUAAGAGGACUUAACUUUUCAUCAGAAUGUCAUCGUUAGGCGUCGUCGCUUGCAGCGCGCCUCAUAAAAAUGUUCUACAACAAUCUAACAAUCAACAGAAGGAUUUCCAGCAGAGUUACCCUACCAAGAACUUCACCAAGGACGAUAUCCUGCUGACCAAUCAAGCCCGGAAGAAAACUCCGAAAACGUCCGGUAAAGACGGCAUGAAAUCGAACCCGCAAAUUCUAGCGGUGGCCAGGCGUAACGCGCGCGAGCGGAAUCGUGUGAAACAAGUGAACAACGGUUUCGCGAACCUCAGGGAACGCAUCCCGAAUUUCAUCGCCGCCUCUUACGAAUCAGGAAGAGGUAACAAUAAGAAACUCAGCAAGGUCGAGACCUUACGUAUGGCUGUGGAAUACAUCAGGAGCCUCGAGGACUUGUUGGCUCUGGAUGACCAUGAAGUGGAGUCUCUGUCAAGGUCGUAUCCGAGUCCUUCGUCAGUUGGAUCUCCUAAUAUACCCUCUCACAAAACUAGCUAUCAAUUCUCGGACAUGUCUGCCAGUGCGGACGAAGAAAUGUCCAAUACUUCUUCACCUCCCCCACAAUACGUCCGAAUAAACACCCUGACCAACACCUACGAAUUGCUACCGGCUCAGAUGUACGAAGACAGUGAAAAUUUGAUACCCCUGAGUGAUUCGGGACAUUUACUAUCCGAUGGCAACCUGAUCCAUCCUUCAGAUCUGGAUUUCAAAGUGCAAGAUAUGAAUCUCUUGAACGGCGCUGAUAGCAGGGAUUCUCUUUCUCCAGGGAUCUACAGCGACCAAUCUUUCUCUCCCGAGAACAUCGAGAGGUAUCAGCAAUCCAAAUGUUUCGUGCCGAUUUUCGAUCAGUUCGUGGCCAAUAGCGGGAAAUUUAGCCUGGACAAUAUAAAGCAGGAAGACUUUGACGAUCCUGUUCUUUCUGUGACUGGCGAGAAUAAUUUUGCAGAGGAGCACAAGGGUAUGACCAAUGCCAUGCAGUGGUGGGAAAAUCACACAUCUAUCUCUGGAAGCUAGGACCUAGUGAAGAUACCUACUCAUUCAGAUCAUCAGUUGUGCCAGUGAAAAACGAAAGAACACAUUUCGUUGUGAUGUUUUAUUGAGAAAAUAUGUCUAUUUAUUGUUGAAUAGUUGAUUUUAAAUUAAUAUAUAAAAUGUUGGACAGAUAAAGCUAUUAGGAUAUGUGAAUUAGAUAGACUUUUGGUGCAUAUGAUCUCUACUAGUGAAGGUACUUGUAAAUAAAUUUGGUACAAUAUGUUUAAUAAUGAACAAUAUUUUAUAAUUUCAAACUGGGUCCUUUUUGAGAUAAGCUAUGGAAAUGCUUCAUCAUCGAUAGAAAGUUUUCAUUUAAUUUCAUGUUUGUGAUGAAAACUAUCUAUCUUGUUAGGUGUCAAAGAAGAAUACCACCUAGCUCUUGUAUACUAAUCAUAAUAAACAUUCAAAUAAAAAAUGUAUUUAUGGCCAUUUUCCACUUUCAUAGCUUAUCUCUGAAUUUUUGGCUGUAAAAAUGUUGUGCCUUUAUGAUGAAAUAAAAAAUGUUCUUCUGUAAUUCCAUAGUGUGUACUUCACCAACCUACGUAAGAUAUUUAAAAUGAAUAUUUGCAUUGAAUCAAUGAAGCUAUGAAUACUUUUGGAUGCUUCAAUAUUUUUGAUGAGAAAUUAACUCAGCAGCAUUCUAAAAUUUUCAACUGAAUAUUGUGUUCAUUAUCUUCUAUGAAUGAGAUAAUUUGAAGA